UUUUUAACUCAAAAUUUAUUUUAGCGCCUAAAGAAAAAAGCGCCUUUUUUUAAAACUCCAAUAAUGAAUACAAAAUUUUUUUUUUAAGUUGAUAACUUUUAUUUGGCCCGAAAGAGGACUCUUCACAGCUUCUAGAAACCUUAGCAAUAAUUUUUUACGAAAUAAAUAUUUUAUCUCGAAGUUUACUUUAAAAGCGAGUAGUUAAUAACAAUUUUAAUACUAAAAACUUAACUUAAACUAAUCUUAAAAAUAAGAAAUUAUAAUACCAUCAACAAAACAAAAUUUAAUCUAACAUUUCUGCAUGAAAAAAUUUGUUGACAUCUGAGUUCAAAGGUCAAAAAGAGGUAGCAUUGACUCUCUACCUAUAAAAUCAAUAUCAAUUAUGAUAUUAUUGAACUAUUUUUAUAUUAGGUCUAGUAAAAAGAAAUCCGUAAUUUUUGUCGGGGAGCAGCUCAUAGUAGAUGAUUCCCUGCCAAUCCCACCAACACACACAACGAACCCUUCCUGCCAGUCAAUCCUAGCUUGCCUACUGUUUGUGUUUGUGACCCAUUUUUUAUCACCAGUUACCAUCCACUUCAGAAAUGGAUCGAGUUUUUACAAUUCAGCAGCGAUUCGCAGAUAGAAAUUCGGUCCUUGAGGUUUUUUUCUUUAACUCAUGUGGCAUCCAUACAUCGAGACUCUUUUUGUAUCCAGCCUUAUUUAAAUGGUACCAAACGACUUUUUGGUGGUGGUGGAUCUUUGACUUCAAAAUACUGGAACCAAAUCGAUGAAACCAAAAUUGCGCAUAAAAAACUGUAAAAUAUGGCGUAUUUGCUCUUUACUGCUGUCCAUCUUUUACGCGUGUUCAAACAAUACUCAAAAACAAUUACAAAACUGGCUGAGAGGUUUUUUUUAGUACGCAAUCUUAUCUUCUUAACCGCAUUGCGUACCCAAUCGCACUCAUACAACGCGAGAUAAAGAUUACUAAAGCCACCUAUUGGAAAAAUAAUGCAUUUCUUUUACUUUUAUAACAAAAUAUUUGUGUUUUAUAAAAAAAUUUGAACUUUUCAAUUAUAUAAUCUUGAGUUAUGAAAUCUAACAUAUCUGAGCAAAUAGUAAACGCUUAAAAAAUUACAAAACUUAUGUAAAUAAGACUUUCGAAUAAUAUUAUAGAAGAAAUUCGCCAUUACAUUAAUACAAGUCCAUGCUGAAAGUGCAGACUUUCGAAAAAGGUCGCCAAACGUCUCGAAAUGGCAAUGCUAUAUACACUUGUGCUUAUUACUCUAGAGUCUCUCGUUUCACGCUGUUCAUGCUUAGCUUUAAUUACAAAAAAAAAAUAAAAAUAUUUUAGUAAACUUAACGCGAUUGAAAUUAAAGUUAAAUAAAAUAGCUCGCUUUAUCUUAAAUGGCUAAACAGUGAUUAUUGCUAAAUUGGAUACUAAUCUCGAAUUGUUCAGGUGUUGUUUGUUGACUUCGAUCAUAAACAUCGUUUCCCGUGAAAACUACCAACUAACUUUCAGCAUCGGCCAGCACUCCACGCGUUCAAUUAAAUGUAUACAUACAAACAUGCAAUAUAAUUUCUUUUGUGCAAAUUUGAAUUAGAUGAAGACAAGUUCGAGCUAAUUAACAACACAGUAUUACCAGAGGCAGUGCAAUUUUGGGAACAAGCGCUAAUGGUGCGCGAAACAAAGGGUGUGAUUAGGCUUAACAGAAAAUGCAAUAGCACACAAGUAUUUGUUAAAAAUGGUUUGACGCACUGCAUCGACAACUGCAAAAAGGUGACAAUGUGCGGCGAGGUAGAAGUUCCAAAAGAGCACUUAGAUGUGUGUCGCGUGUGUAAUGCCACCGGGCAAAAUUGCCGCAAUGAUGAGUCCACACAGGCGGGUGAGGGCAUUGAAAACGCCGAUUUUAUAUUUUAUGUGUCUGCACGUCAAACGGAGCGCUGUCACAAAGGAUUAACGGUUGCUUAUGCAGCACAUUGUCAGCAAGAAGCACAUUUAGAUCGACCAAUUGCGGGUCAUGCCAAUUUGUGCCCAGAUAGCAUAAGUACAAAGCCUCAAGAACUUCAAACACUACUAUCCACCGUGAAACAUGAAAUUUUGCACGCGCUUGGCUUUUCGGUCAGUCUCUAUGCGUUCUUCCGCGAUGAUGAGGGUCGACCACGAACGCCGCGUAAACCAGAUACUGGGAAACCCUACUUAAACGAGAAAUUGCAAAUCCAUCAGUGGAGCAAUGAGACAAUACGUAAGGUGGUACGCGAAAACUGGGUGGUGCGUGGCGGUCAUGUGCGCAAAGUCGUCGAUAUGAUGGUUACGCCACGCGUUGUGGCCGAAGUGCGCAGGCAUUUUGAUUGUCCUCUACUGGAAGGUGCAGAAUUGGAAGAUCAAGGUGGUGAAGGCACAUCCUUAACGCAUUGGGAAAAGCGUAUAUUGGAGAACGAGGCGAUGACAGGCACGCAUACACAAUCACCAGUCUUUUCACGUAUAACGCUGGCAUUGAUGGAAGACUCCGGCUGGUAUCGGGCCAAUUACAGUAUGGCAGCACCCUUGUCUUGGGGCAAAGGACUGGGUUGUAAUUUCGUUAUGCAUAGUUGCAAAGAGUGGAUUCAGGCAAAUAAUGGCAGUACGAGUAAUGAAUGGGAUAAUUGGUUGCGGGGCCGUUCAAUUCACCCAUUUUGCUCAAAAGUAAAACAGGAUCCCUUACAAACAGAAUGCACCGACGAUCGCAAUUCAGUGGCAUUGUGCAAUCUAAUACGACACGAUUACGAGCUGCCAAAGAAAUAUCAGAAUUUCGACAGCAUAAAUCAUGUGAAGAGCGGUGAAGAAGGUUAUUACGGCGGUUCGGUAUCACUGGCCGAUCAUUGUCCCUAUAUACAGGAGUUUACAUGGCGCAGCAAAAAUGUAAUUGUGCGCGGUUCGCAUUGUCGUUUCGUUGAGAAUAAUCCAAAACCUGAAAAGAAUUUUGCGCUGGAGAGCUACGGUAUUGGUUCGAAGUGUUUCGACCACAGUGACUUUAUGUGGGAAGAACGCUCAUGCCAUCAGACACGCGAAUGGCAACACUGGGGCUCAGGUUGCUACAAAUACGAAUGCUCCGACGGGCGUUUACAUAUUUUAGUGGCGAAUUACACAUACACUUGCUUUUAUCCCGGUCAGACGCUUUCGAUACGCAUUAAUGCGAACGAUUGGCUGCAUCGUGGCGCGAUCAUUUGCCCGCCAUGUCAUGAGCUUUGCGGUGAAGUAUUUGCUGAAAGAGGGGAGGAGUGUCGUAUGCGUGAGGAAGCGCCACCGGCCAAUAAAUAUCCGCGUGAUACAUUGACGUGUGCGGCGUGUGAGAGUGCGGCUUUCUGCCGAACAUUAUUGCUUGCUGCCAUAAUUGCUGCAUUUAGUUGGCGUCGUACACAUAUUUUUAUAGGUUAAUAUUUUUUUUUUGGGUUAAAACAAUUGUUCCCACAUUUUUUGUUUUGCUCUUCCGUGGUUAUACCAUAUAAUAUAUGUAUGUAAUGACAUGCCCUUAUUGUAUAAACUAUAUUGUAAAUAGUAACUAUAUAACUCAGUUAAAAUACGAUAAAUGUGUUGAUAUACACUAUAUUCAUAAGCUUAAAUUUUUAAGUUAGGUUAUCGUUAUCAAGCAUACUUAUGUAAUGUGAAAUAUUGGGGGUACAUAAGCCAAGUAUGUCAACUGGACAGAAUUGAACAAAUUAGAUAAUUUUUUCCAAAUUAUGUAACAGAAAUUAAUAUAAUGCAUUUUAAAAAGCUAAAGACUGAGCUCACCAUAUUGGGUACUCAAACAUAAUUAUUGCCACUAAUUGGCAUGUAGUAGAAGGCAACUGAAUAACUUUUAACUAAUUUGGCAUUAAAGCGAAUCAGAUGUAGUUAUUGGUUAGAUUUAGUCAUCAUAUCGCAUGCGAUUUUCUGAAGUCCAUGGUCAUAAUGAAUUACUUUUCUUUUUCACUUUUUGUAUUAUUGAAUUUAAUUUUUGUGAUAAAUUCUGUGCCGACAUGGCUUUUAAUUUAAUAAAAAAAUAUUAGGGGUAUUCACACCAAUUUUGUUAAUUCCUUAGACGUUAUUCGGUAGUUUUUUUACGUGCGUUUUGUUUUUGUAAACUUAACAAAUUUCUUUUCUACCGACUACCGAAGUACCAGUUUGACAAGCUUGAUAAUUUUUUCGUUACUUAGUAACAUCAAAUCAGCUGUUUGCUUAGGGUCGUAGCCUAAAAAGUUCAUUUGAUUCAAUGCGAAAAAAUAUAUUUGCUGCUCGCUACAAAAUAGUUUAAGAAAAAAUUUUCAAAAGUAAGUAUUUAAUAAAUUUGAAUCAACUGUUUUGGAACAAAAUUUACCACACUACAGAGAUAGAGUAUCAACUAACGAAUUGCCAAACUAACAUGUUCGGUUUGAAUACCCUUAUUGAAUUUACACUUCCACUUUAUAUCAAACUACUUCAAAUAUGUAUUCAUAAGAGUAUAGUAAAAUAAUUUUUGAGAAGUGCUAAUGGAGUGAUCGUCUUAAGCGACGGGAAGUGUAGCCAUAAAAAUGUUUGGUUAUUUAAGUAGCUUGUAGCAACAUGUGAAUUAUAUUUUAAUUCCUACUAAGCAUUUAAACUUUGUCGGCACAGACUUCUUUGCCUUUGUAUAUAAUUUAAAAUUAACAAAAUCACUCAAGUUUGUGCAAUAGCGUGUGAAAUUGACGCUUGAUAUUAUAUUUUUGUUAUAAAAAAAAAACAAUUAAGCAAUAUUUCUUAUGUUAUAAAACAUUCGCAAUAGAAUUCACACAAUAAUUGCAUUAUUAGCUAGUUUUUGAAAUUUGCUUCUUAAGUUUAGGGAUUAUCUAACAUUCUGCAUACAUGCAUAGUGUUUUGUAUAAAUCUUUUGAUUGAACUGCUUAAAGCAGAAUCACACAUGCGAUUUGUUUUUUUUUUUGUGCUCUGUCUUAUUGACGUCCUUAUGCAGUAAUUUCUGUUAACUAAGAAUCUCUAGAGUUCGUGUGACUGUGACUCAUUCUUCAAAAGCUAUAGAUUCCAGUACGGUUGUUGUAGCAAUAGAAAAUAUUCCCCAAAUAAUUUCGGAAAAUUCAGCCGAGUUCACCGUCCGUCGUUUCUUCUUCAGACACUCUUCUUUAUGGUAGAUACGACAGAAACGAUAUAUGGUUAUAUAAUUUGUCAGACUUACAUGAAUGCAACUGAAUUAAUUGGAUCGAAUCUUUACUCAGCGUAGACUUACGACUUCUGUCACCUAUAACGAGUAUUGUAUACUCAGAUAAGUUAAUUUUUUAUGACAGAAGAUUUGGCCGAUUUUACAGCACAACAAUUCUCCUACAGUCUUUGCACAAUUACCGAUAUUGUAAUGUCAUAUUAAUUAGUUAUGCUUUGAAUUUAACAUGUAAUAUAUUGUUUAAUUGUUUUUGUUUUUUAUUUCACAUGUGUAUGCAUAUAUACGAUUAAAAUGAAAACGAUUAGAAACGAUACCACUUCUGCCAACAAGCGAUUUGCUCAUAUAUACUCAUUUAUCAUCAUAUAUUUGUAUAUAUGUAUAUAUGUAUAUACAUAUAUAGGUAUAUAUAUUAUAUCACGACAUUACUCAUUGCUACUCUACAUAUAAUUAAAAUUGUGAUUUAUUAUAUAACUUUUUAGACGAAACAUUACUUUAGAAUUUAGGCUUGUAGAAAUUGAAUACCAUACAUUCCCAUUAUAUCACGUUCCCUACUAGGACUUGGCAUACAAAUGUCUGUAUGUAAUAAUAAAAAAGACUAUUGGUUUUUGAGGCAACUAUAUAUUGACAAACAUAUGUGGUAAGCAAACUUUAAAUGCUCAGUGUAAUUGUAUGUAUAUGUAAUGCAUUUUAAAUGCCUAAUUAUAGGCUCAAUAUUUUAGUAUAAUACUCGUAUACCAUAAUAUGUAAUUCCAUGUCCCAAUGUGUGAAUAAACAUAUAAAUAACAUGAAGAAAUAAACAUAUUACAGCGAUACUAAUUAAGGGUGCCACAUACAGGUUUUAAAGAUAUCAUAAACUAUAUUUAAGCGAUUACGAAUUUUAAAUAAAUACAUAUAUAUAUAUAUAUAUAUAUUAUAUCAUUUAUGAAAUACUUUUAAUUUAGUAGUAAAAAUUUUGUUUUGAAAAGAUUAUUUCUUUGUAUGAGUUGUUAUGCUUUCGUUUUGUAAAUAUCUGUUUAAAAAUCUUCUCAGUUUUAUUUCCGACAAAAACUAUUGAAAUGCGCAAAUUAUUGAAGCAAAUAAAUAUAUUAAAAUAAUUAUGUACAUAAUAGUUAAUAAUAAUAAAAUUGUGUUUAAUUCAAAAA